GCAGGUGGGAGUUACCUGCCCUGUCUCAUAUACUCCAGCUUAUUAAACAGACAGGAGUUGGGAAUGCAGACGGGCAGGAACAGGAAACCUUCGGAGCCCAGCCAGACGCCGCCUGCUUCAAUCAUGAAAGGAGCCAAGGGCAGCAUGACAGUGACGGGAGACUCCUCUGAGCUCGAAUGGGCCAUCCAGACCCUGGUGAAGAAUUACAACAAAUAUGCCGGGAAAGGCUGCUGUUGCCGGAAACAGCGCGGGAUCAGGAAGUCCGAUUUCCGGAAGAUGCUGAGCCAUGAACUCAACCACAUGCUGACGGACACCAAGAACAAGCAGGCGGCCGACAAACUGAUCUGCGACCUGGAUGAGAACCAGGAUGGAGAAAUCAAUUUUGAUGAGUAUUGGAACCUGAUCGGGGGCAUCGCCAGCCCUAUCUCGUGCCUCAUCCGACAGCAGGAAGAGAAUGAAAAAUUCACCAAGUAGAGAGGGCAGCAGAGUCGAUGGGGGAAAUCCGCCGUCGUGACCCGAACGCCCAUUUGUCCCCACUGCUGCCUCCCCAGCUCCCCACUUUUCUCUCCCCAUCCUUCUAGCUCCCUUUCUGGAGCUGAAGGGGCCAGAUGUGACAAGCGCUUUUGGACCAACUGAUCUUAAGAACGCCCCAUCUGGGGAAUGGGCGAUUCGGGGCAGAGGAGGGGGGGCGGCCAGGGAGGGAGGGAGUUGCACCCCUUGUCAGACUGUGAAUAACACUGCAAUAAAGGCUGGAGCCUCAGAGUCC